AUGGCUGAAGUCAAUGUCUUCGAACAGGCAUUUCAAUCAACUCACGUUGCCACGGAGAGCCAGCUUCCUGUUUCCUCGCAAAGUACCCCAUACACCCUGCUGAACGACCUUCAGUUCCUGGACGUCUUCCCUGAAGGCAACGCUUCGCUCAUAAUCAUCCUACCAGACGGCGACACCUCGAUCAUUACCGGUUUGGAUGUAGACAUCAUCAGCCAGCGAUGCCCUUUACUGGCCUAUUCCUUUGAGGACCGUGCGUAUGGUCUCUCACAAGCCAGCAUCGAAGCAAGCUCCAGAGGCCUAGUGGUUCACUUCCUCCAGUUCCUCUACCUCGGCGACUACAACGACCAAGGCCGGUUCGGAUCAGAGCCAUGUUCUCUUCUCAGACACGCAGAGCUCCUACGCAUAGGGGAGAUCUUCGAAGUCCCAGAACUACAGACUCUGGCUCGCACGAGUAUCCUCCAAGACACGGAGGCAUCCUGCAGCAGGCCGAGUCCCCCAGACGACCUCUGCUCGGCCAUCAGCUUCAUCUACGCUCAACUCUCUGAUCAGCGAUCGCUCAUAGAGUCGAUAUUGCACUACUGUGUCUUCUGUUUCCUGUACCACAACCUUGGAAAGAACCCAGCCUUCAGACAGUUGGCGUUCGAACUGCGCCCGUUCUCCAACGAUCUAAUCCGGACGAGCUACUUUCGAGACUUUGAGGACGAGGGCGCAAUGGACAUUUUAAACCUCCCAAUGCGCGAACCGAACCCCCUCUCGAACGCCCUCAACGAGCAAGCCGCACUCGGCGACUUCCUUUUCGAUCUCUUCGCAGACAACCCACCCUUUGCGGAGGAGGAUGCUCUAGCAAAGAUGCGCAGAAAACGGAUAUCGGAACCAACAUACACGCUCGUCCACCGACCACGACAUGGGCUGCCGCGAGUUGCGCCGAGUGCAUACAGUACUGAGACUGAUACGGAGGGAAGCGAGACAUCGACGUCGGAGGCGGAAGGAUUCACGUUCGUUCGCCGACCGAAGGAAGACGUAUUCGACGUCUCCGAAGGCGAUGAACCUAUGACGGACGUAGAGAGCGACUCUGAAGACGUGCGCAGCAGAACCCCGAUACCGAGAAAAGAUUUGUGGACUUCCACUGGCACGAUAACCUCGCUGUGUGAUGGGAAUGGCGCAAACCAGGAGUCUGUCAAAGGGGGCGAAGAAGACAACCGCUCAGAUUCCGAGUGGUGUGUGGUGUAG